AUAAUAAAGUGGGAGUGUAGUGUGACACAUUACACAACAGAGACACUGCUACACCCGCUUUCUCUCUCUCUCUCUCUCUCUCUCUAAAUUUUCUGCAAAAUUUGGGGAUCUAACGAUGAAUCGGCACCACGACCCCAACCCAUUUGACGAAGAAGUGGUCGAGGUCGAGGUCAAUCCCUUUUCGAAUGGUGCUGGUGCUCCCAAGUCAAAGUCACGUGUUCCACCAUUGGCAUCUGAACCUCUGGGUUUUGGGCAGAAGCAUGAUGCAACAGUCGAUAUACCAUUGGAUACAAUGAAUGAUUCUAAGAAAAAGGCAAAAGAGCUUGCAACUUGGGAAGCAGAUCUCAAGAGGAGAGAAAAGGAUAUUAAACGGAGAGAAGAUUCUGUUGCAAAAGCUGGUGUCCCCGCUGAUGAUAGAAAUUGGCCUCCAUUUUUUCCACUUAUUCACCAUGAUAUAGCUAAUGAAAUACCAGUACAUGCUCAAAGGCUACAAUAUCUGGCUUUUGCAAGUUGGCUAGGCAUAGUUCUUUGCCUAUCUUUUAACGCAAUUGCUGUUAUUGUUUGUUGGAUUAGAGGCGGAGGUGUUAAAAUAUUUUUGCUUGCAACGAUCUAUGCUCUACUUGGAUGCCCUCUUUCAUAUGUUCUGUGGUACAGGCCUCUCUAUCGUGCAAUGAGGACAGAUAGUGCCUUUAAGUUUGGUUGGUUUUUCCUGUUCUACAUGCUCCAUAUUGGGUUUUGCAUUUUUGCGGCGAUAGCUCCUCCAAUUGUCUUUAAUGGGAGAUCAUUGACGGGCAUUCUUCCGGCAAUUGAUGUCUUCUCAGACCAUGUGGUGGUAGGGAUAUUCUACUUAGCUGGGUUUGCCUUGUUUUGCUUAGAAACCCUUCUAAGCUUUUGGGUACUUCAGAAAGUAUACAUGUAUUUCAGGGGGAACAAGUGAGAUUUGAUCCUGGGGUCGUGUCCAAUUGGGAUUCAGAGUUAUGUUGUUCUUUUCGAGUGAUUUUAGUAUAUUCUUCUGCGGCCUAUUAUUAUGUUGCAUUUCUUUGUGAUAAUUGCAUUGCAUGAGUAAGUAGAAGAAUGAUUUGUAAGAUAAAUAUAUAUGACAUAGGAUGUAUUGUUCUGCUCUAAACUCAAAGUCUGUCUAUUCCCACCAUUUCCUCAUCAAACUACCUAGUCUUAUAA